AUGCGGGUUCUUCAGCAGCAGCUGUCCAAGUACAUCCACAACAUCGAGCUGGAGGAGCUGGGGCUCAUGGGAGGCGACGUUGUCUUGGAAAACCUUGAGCUCCGCAAAGACGUUCUCCACGAUAUCGGAGGCAUCAGCACCGACUACGAUUUCUCAAGGGGUUUUAUCAAAGAGCUACGGAUUCACAUCCCUUGGACUCGGCUCCAGUCGCGGCCCAUCGAAAUCAAGGUCAAGACCGUCGAGAUCAUCAUAACCCCUAUCACGCAUGCGGCCUCGCACCGCCCGAGUACUCGGCGAUCCAGAACUGGGCCACACUCGAGACACGGCGGCAGGUCGACAGACGAGCAGGCUGCUCCGGCGGGGGUCAGCGGGUGGAUGCAGCAGCUCUUGACCAAGGUCCUUGCGAACAUGUCCAUCGAGGUGUCUAACCUGGUGCUCAAGUACGAAGAUGCGGAUGUUGUGCUUUCUGCUGCUCUAAAGUCCUUGGUUUGUUUCUCGGCGGAUCCCGACCGAGAGUGGACACCGGCGUUCGCCAGCCUCGACGACCCGUUCGGCUUCUUGCAUAAGCUUGUACACGCCAGCGACUUGACCGUGUGUCUUGACCGCUACUGCGCUCCAGACUCCUCGAGGAGAAGACAAGUCCAGGCCUUCGAGGUACCCAUCCUCAACCGCGCAUCCUUUGAAGUGCAGCUUCUAGCCUGCGUAUGGCUCGUCGCGCCGGGCCCGCCGGAGUCCUCGUUUGCUGCGUGGGAAGACCAGCAAACGCAGCAAGGGGAAAGGCUGGAGGAUACUGACUAUGGCGCUGCGGGGGUACCGCCGUCGCCGGGCAGGGCGGGGGCGCGAUGGGGUUUGCAGUGGGGGGCAGGGGAGGGCCCCAGGUCACCACCAGUGCCGAGGACUGCCCGACCGCCGGUCACCGUGCUGGGGCGGCUUGUCGGGGGCGGAACCGGGGGGGCCGACGAUUCGACAAGCGUCGUCGAUCGCGCGGGGUCUGGGGCGACGCCCACGUCGGCGGAACCGGAAGGAGAGAUCGACGAGCUGCCCAUCCCGACCGUGUGUCGGCUGCUGGGGGACGGGUGGUCUCGCAGGCCUUCCUCUUUGUACUCCCCAUUUUUCGACGGGGAGGGCGCCUGGAGCCGAAACGAGGCCUCCGAGGUUUCCUCGGAGGGGGUGCGUCCGUCCAUCCCGCGGGACGGCGAGGACCGGGGCGGGGAGGAAGAGGAUGGGGCGGGCGUGGGCGUCGGGGGCGGUCACGGUGAAGGCAGGACGAUGCCAAUCCCGAUCAUCACGGCGAACGUCUUGAUCGCGGACCUCUCGUUCUCGCUUAGCGAUCUACAGGUGCGAAUGAUGAAGGAGCUCAUCGACAGAGCAGUUGCUCAUGUCGCCCUCAACGCCCGUCGAAACACUCACGCCGAGUCUCCCAUCCAAGGAGCUCCCCCUAGUGCAGCGGUCGAAGGAGAAGCACCAGUCGCGUCAAGCUGGUGGCCUUCUUUCUGGCGGGGAACUGCGCCCGAAGGCAUCGACGAAGGCCUGCCGGAAGGGGGCACAGAGACGACCAGCACUGAUAUGAAUCAUGGAACGCUCGGCACGAGCAGUCCAGCGCCUUUCGAGUCGCGCGAGGACCACACCAAGUUUGUCGUGGCGUCGGCGUCAGUCGGUAGCGUUUCGCUUCGUUUGUUGGAGCACCAGGAGCAACCGGCCCACGCGAAGCCAAAAGAGAGGGAGGAGGAGGAGGAAUGCAACUCGCCGGAGGAUGAGGAACCUCUGUCGAUAUCUGUUCCGGUGCACGGGCUGGGCACCGUCAGUGUCUUCUCUACCCCAGUCAGCGCAAGAAAACAAACCCUACGGCCGCCAGUCGUCUUCGUGGUGGCGGAAAUGAAAGGUCUUGCGCUAGACGCUCACGUCCUGCCAAGCGACAAUGAGCUCUCGACGGACGUGAAGGUGGACGUUUCGUCCAUCGUUGUGCGACACGCUCGCCUCUUUGAGGACGCUGCCACCCCUGCUGCCGACAAGCCUCCUGACCAGGCGGACAAAGGGCUAGACUAUCUUGAGCCCGUCGUGUCGUGGGGCGCCGCGGUCAUGCCCGACGCUCCUCCUACUUCCCACGAAGGAGAUCUCCGUAGCGGAAGGACGGAUGGUUUAGCGGACCUCAGGACGGCGAAGAUCGUUCAGCGGUGCUUGAUCGAGCUUGCGCAAGGCUCGCCCGAAUUGGGAGCCGCCGACGGCGAGUCUAUCGACGGUGAGAGAAAUUCGUCGCGACAGAGCGCCCGAGCUCCUGCGCCAGACGUCCCGGCGCCGGCUCCGGCGCCGUGGGCGCCGGUCUUCCCUUCGGCAGCGCCGCGGCCCGUGCCAAAGGAUAGCAGCGCCUUGCAGUAUAGGUUGCUAAAGCGGAAGGGCGGCGGCACCUCGACUGAUGGGUCUCCUGAUGGUGGCGGCGUCGCUAUCACCGGCACCGUGUCGACCCUGGCGUGCCAUGACCUGGCCGUGGGUGCCCUCCGAGUGCAGCUCGCGGAGAUGUUGCUGGAAAAGCUCUUGAAGUUUUCCGGGGUCGUUGGCGGGGAAGCCGGGGGGACGGAGCCGGUGGGAGGAGACCCGGGCGGCGAGGACGAAGCCACCGCGCCACCGCUCACCAUCGCGCCCGUUGCCUUGGCUUCGGUGCACGGAAGACCGCCGCCCAGAGCAAGUCGCCUGUCGCCACGGGCCUCAGAUGCAGGCUCGGGCUCGGCGCUGUCGAGUCCUAGGACAUUGCCUCCUUGCCCUGUCACUUCUUCCUCGGAAACGUCGUUGCACUUCGCGUUGCGGUCUGUCGAGGUGGCUUUGGGCUUCGCUGGGGGGGCUCAUGAAGCGGACGAGAAUGGAGGCGAUCGUUCACGUGACCAGCCCACCUUUUGCGUGCUAUCGCUGAGCCAGCUCGAGAUCAGCGGUUCUGAGUCGGCGUCGUAUGUUGGUGAAGGCGGUGAGCAGCACUUUGUGGCAACCGCCCCACAGCGCCAGCGCGACGAGGAGAGUCAGAGGUUGUGCUCGCUGGUGCUCGGCAACCUGUCCAUCGUACUUAUUGAUGUGUCAGUCCAAUCUGCCGACGAGAGCGCACCCCUGGGGCGACAAGGAUCUCCGCCACUGAUGUCGCGUUCACUAGCACAGGAAGUGUUCCUAGCUGGCGGUAACCCGGCCGGCAUACGGCGUCUCCUACGGCUAGGCGGUGCCCGCGUGACGGCCGAGAUUUUGAGUAAGCUCGUCGGAGACACAGAACCGACGGCGGUGGGUACGUAUAGCGCGCCUGACUUUCUCUUCAAUGCGUCCCUCGAGUCCGGGGAGGUGUGUGUCAGCGUUGGAGCUGCCCUGCUGGUCCUGGAAGCAUAUGUGCUGGCAAGGAAAAUGGGCGGGGUCUACCCGGACGCGCUAUCUAUUAGUGUCGGCGGGAUUAGCGCGCCUAGAGUCCACCGGAAUCGCGGCUGGUCCCGCGGUGUAGGAGCCGUACUUGAAGGUGUAAGCGUUGGCGGGGUGGUGAAAAGCGGCGGCUGCCAGUUGACCGGGAACAUGCGUCGUCUAAGCGUUGGUCGCGUGGGCGGCGGAGUGCCGCUGCAAGGGGAAUCCUUCGUGAUGCCAUCCGACGUGGUGGUGCUCGAAGCACUGCGGGGUGAAGGCAGCGACGAAGGGUUGUCCUGGACCUUGGAGGUCUCCAGUGAUAGCGCGGGGGGCGGCGGCGUGAAGCUGGCGACCGUGUUCAAGUCGGCCAAGCUGCACUACACGAACGCGAAGAAGGUCGUGGAGGAGAUCAUGCUGGUCUCGAAAGAGUGGACGGCUAGAGCCGCUCGUCGCGUGCCGAGUGCUACCGCCGCCGCACGGAGACGGAGCCAGCCCUUCGAGUUCGACAUCCGCGGGUCGGCGGUGACACUCCACCUUCCGUUUGAGCUGGAGCUGGAAGUCGAAGACGUCCACCUGGGUACGCCUGGGUUCAACCAGGCGGUGGAACCCGAAGGCGAGAGGGCCGACGGGGACUUAGAUCUAGACAUAGUCGCUGGCGAUGUACGGGUGUUUCACAAGCCGCAUGGGUCUGGUUUUUCUUCCUCGGAGGAUGCGGGGCCGCCUGCGAUUCGGUGCGCGGCCCGGGGGGUUGUGGCGGUCCGGCCUACGGCGAACGCCACCGCCGUCUCGCUCGAGAGCGAGCACGUCCGGGUGCGCCUCACGCCCGCGUUCUGCUCGUCGUUCGGGCUGUUCGUGCGUCUCAUGGUGGGGCCGCCGCCGAGACCUCUCGCCGCCGACGCAGCGGCGGCGGCCUUGAUGAGAGAGGGUCGACCACCGACCAGCUUCACGUUCGAGCUGAAGCACGCAACAGCUGCCGGCGCGCCGGGGGCCGGCAGCCGAGCCUCGUUCCAAAUGAGCUUCGAGGCAGUCGAGGCGACGCAGCGGCGAGAUCCCUCGCGAAACGCGCCUGCUCUGCCGUACGAAGCGGCGCAACUGAUCGGAGCCUUCGUCGGCCAUGGCGGUGCGCCUGGUGUGUUCUCGGCUUGGCUGUCAGCGCGGAAGAGACCGGGCGGAAGCAGCCAGGCUGGACCCACGUACGUCCAGCCGUUUCUAGUCGCGCUCGGACCGAGCAGCGCCACUGCGCAGGUGUUUUCGGUGGUGUCCACGAGCUCGGGGCCGCGGCAUCGGCUCGUCAACAGCCUGUCCUUGCGGCUGGCCCCGAUGAUGCUCGCCUGGUACCCCCCGACCUUCCGCAUCCUGAUGGGGCACUACAACCGGUUCGCGGCGAACGCCUUCCGGUCGUUUCGUUCGAGAGCCGACAUGCCGCGCAGACGGAUCGCCGUCCUGUCGUACGACAUCGACAUCCAGGGCUGCAGCGCCGUGCUGCUGGCCUCGCUCGCGGACGGCGCCCGUGGGGUUCACCUGUCCGCCGGGAAGGUGACGUUCAAGGAGGACACCGCGGCUGCCGCCGCCGCGGCGUCGCCUGCGGGAAUGGGCGGGUCGCACGCAUCCUCUUCGGCGUUAGCGGUAGAUGCACCCAUCGCGCCCGACACUACGCUCGCGAUGUCCGGAUUUGUGGGGCCGGUCGGGAUGGCGUUCUUGCAAGACUGGCGGUCGAUUUUGCCGACGUCGGUGGCGCCUAGCGCGGGGGGGCGACUGGACGGGGACGCGGCGGCGGCACCCGUGCAGCUGUGCGCGCCUAUCGACCUGCGGUGGGCGAUGUUCUACGACGAAUUGGACCGGUGCCGCCAGGACGUCUCGCUCUCCUCCGUGCAGUUCUGCCUGGAACAGCCGCACUUCGAUCUCUGCGUGCGUGUGGCGCAGAUUUUCGUCGCCGCUGACUACCCGGGGGCCCUCCCGCCUGCAGUCGUCGCGCCACAGAUCGCUGGGCACCCGCAGGAUCCUGUGCGCGGGGCCCCCGUGGGGGGCGUCACGAACAACGCACAGGUUGACAGCUUCCUUGCGACAUCGCUACGGCUUCCCCUCCUGCAGUUCGUGCUGGCGAACGGCAAGAGGAGCGGCUCUUUCCCGCCGGUCUUGGAGAUCGAUGUGGCUUCGGUUCGCCUUGCCAGGGGGGGUGUCCUCACCGUGAGGCACCUGUCGGUGAACAGCUGGUCUCAGGAUGCGGACAGCCCGGCGCGGUCUGAGGCGGCUGCUGGCGAGAUCGGAAACGAGAACGAUGGGAGCGGGUGCGGGUACCGGGUGCUUGGGCGCUCCGGGCAGUCGGAAGAAUCCGGCAAGGAUUUCCUGCGGAUGGAAGUGCGGGUGCCGGAGGUCCGAUCGGGGAAGCUUGGUCCGAGGCAAGCUCAGCUCGACGUUGUGCUCCAGGUGCAGCCCUUUGACAUCCACGUGAACCCAAGCAUCCUGCGGUCGUUCACGGCGUACAUCGCGCCCGUCCCGUUCGUGGAGGGUUCCCCGGAAGAAGAAGAGGUGCCGUUCCCUCAGCGCCAACCGCUGCUCACCAUAUCCUGCCAUUCGAGCAGCAGCAACCCGCAUACGUCGGCUACCCGCGAUGGCGACGGCGCGGCCGGCGAUAGGGCCGCCGGCGGCAUCGAGCGCGCCAGCUCGUCGGGACAGAGAGUCUCGACGAACUUCGAGAAGUCCGCCCUGACCGCGUCUGGCAGCGUGAGGGUGCUCGCGUCCCAGGUUACUCUGGAGCUGUCCUCCUACCCCGGCGGGCCCGCGUUCAUGGCGAGCACCUCUCACGUGUUCCUGAGGGCGAUCACCUGGCCUUCCGACGCGGCGGCGAGAGGGAGCAGCGGCGAGGGAGGGGUGCAGGCGGGUCCCGAGGUGUUCGCGCGGUUGUCCCGGGUCGAGUGCAGGGUGAAGUGCGGCCAAGAGUCUGGGGGUUCUGCUGCUACCGUGCAGAACAGGGCGAGGGUUGGCCCUUCUUCUCAACCCGACGACCAGCUGGGCGACACCGUGCUCAAGCCCUUCGACGUCGACGUCCACCUGACUCGGCCCGGGGCUAGUAGCGCCGGGGGCGUCGCCGCCCUCGCCGCUGGCGUCACGGCCGCCACCUCGGAGCACCCCGUGACGCAGGGCUGGCACGCCGGCGUCUACGUGGACGAGCUCUACCUGAGGUGUGCCCCCUUGCACGUGCGCAGCCUCGAGCUCCUCUCCGACCUCUUCCUGCCGGCGGUGACCGCCGCGGAGCUCACGGCGGUGGAGCUGGGCCGCGGUGGACGCGCUCGCGGGACGGCCUCCGACUUGCAGGGCCUGGCCGGAGGAAGGCGGAUCGACGACCUCGCCGCCUUGGAUCGCGUUGAGUGUCAGGAGCCCGCCGGGCAUGCCGACGCCGUGAAGCCGGGACCCGGACAAGCUGUGUUUUACGGGGUCGGGACGACGCCACAAGGGGGCCGUCCGCGGCAAGGGGUUGGCUCUUCGAGCGACGGCGCAGGCGCGAGCGGCGUGGCGGGGGAAGAGAAGGAGGCGGGGAGGCGUAAGGAGGGCGAGGAGGAGGGUCGUGGUGGCUGGGUGCACUGCUGCGAGUGGCGGUACUGGGGGCUCAGGCGGGUGGCCCAGGUCGCGCUCCCGCGCUUGCCGCUGUGCGGGAGCGUGCCGUUGUUGGAAGGGCUGGCUGUUACUUCUUUGGAGGUGGAGCUCAGCUUCGUGGAUCCGUUGACGGAAACCGUCAAGGCGGCAACCCGAUUCAACGUACCGUGUCAGGCACCGAACGGGUCUUCGGACGACUUCGUUCUCGCCGGCGGUUCGCGCGUUACGAUAGAGCCGUCCCAGCCCAUCCUCGCCCGCACGUGGCGCCUCUCUUGGCGCGUUCCUACCUGGCUCAGGUUCAAGGCGGCGGGCGCUGGCGGCGCCCCCAAGCCUCCCGCUAUCUCCGCCUGGAGCUCUGCCCUCCUUCGGACCUUGUCGAUCCGGUCCUCGCCCGCGGGUCCCGUCGUCGGCCCGUCGUACGUGUCAGCGACUCUUGUCGCGCAGCGGCUGACGCUUGCGUUGUUGACCGAGGGCGGCCCGAUCUCGCGCUCGUCUUCGGCAGCGGCGGCGGCGGCGGUGGCGCCGCCCGUGUCGCCGUCUAGACGCCGAGAAGGACUGGGCCUGUUCGUGCAGCCGGAAGAGAUCGUCCGCGUCGUGGUCGCCGACGUCAACUUCUUCGCCGAGGCGAGCUUGGCGGGGAGGUGGCUGAGCGUGGCCGCUAGGGGCAGCGCCGUGGUGGCGGCGGACGUGCAAGACUUCUCGAACUUCCUGCGCCUCCCCCUCCUGUCGCACGCCGCGGUGAAGCUCGACGUCUCGACCUCCAGCGGCCGAGGCGGGACCGGUCGCAUGGUGGGCGAGGGGGAAAGCUUGCUGUCUCCGUUCAGACCCAUCGCGUCGGGCGCGGUUGACGUUAGCGGUGCCGUUGUCAGCGUGUCGGUGACGGCGAUGCAGUGCAUAGAGCAGUGCAUCGCGGAGCUGACUCGACGGCCCUCGGACGAACCGGCAACUCGACCAAGCACGACGACGGCAGAGGCGAAGCCGUCGGCGGUUGCGGUGCCCGCACCCGUGCCGCCUCCACGCCAACCACGGCAGCGCAGCAAGCGCUACAUCAUCACCAACCACACCGACCGAAACCUGUGGUUCGGCCAAGUCUCCACGACGGAAACUCUCUUCCUUCGAGCGGGGGAGGAAACCUUGUACCGCUGGAGGACCAUCCCCCACACGCUGGCGGCUGGCGCCGCAGGGCGCAAGGGCGAUGACGCGUCACGACUCGUUCUUAUGCUACGGCUUGCGCUGCACCGCGUCUCCGGUAGCGGAGGUGGAUACGCUGGCGCCGGUUCGGAGCAUGGGGGUGGGUACGGAACGUGGACAGAACCUUUUCCUGUGGAUCACGUGGGCACUUUUAAGCGUUUGUUACGAGGAGCCGAAGCAGAAGGGCAAGUGGGUGCGGAUGCGAGUGCACGCGGCGCCGGUCAUCAAGAGAGUGACUUCGUGACGCUCCCCUUGUGGGUGGAAGUGGUCAAGAAUGGCCUGGAAACGCGCAUCGCGUUCCACGGAGAGUGGGUGUUUACCAACUACCUACCGCAGGAGAUUCAGGUGGCUUGGGUGACGUCCGCAGGAGUGGGCAACGCCGGCCGGUGUCUCGUCGAGCCUGCAGGAACACGGGGAGGCCUCAGCCUCGAAGCGUGUGCUACCUCCGGACGGGCUGGCGGAUCCAAUCACCCAGUAUCCUGUUCGGCACUCACCGCCUCCUCCUCUUCCCCGGGGGCGGGACAAGCGCACGGGGAGCGCCUCUCCGAGCUCAUGUUGGAGUUCCGGUUAUCCACUCCCGACGCCGCCGCGUUUGUCGGGUCGGUGGGUCCACCCCCGGUAGCUACCGAGCAUUCGGCGGGGCACCCGGCGGCGGCGCGAGACGCUGGUGGUUUUGCCGACGGGGGUAGCUUCGAUAGUCGCGGGCUUGACGAUGAGCUGCUCCAGGGGCGCGAGGAGAUAGAGGUGGACUCGAGCGGUAGCCCCUGGGAGGUCACCCGUCAGUCCGAGUGGGUCCAGGCGAGGCCGUUCGUUUUCCUGGCUCUGAUCUCUUGCGCCAGCACAGACCCCGGGAUCUCGGGGUUCGCCUUCUGGUGCGUGGCCUCCAGGCAAGCCUCGCGCGCGGCCAAUGGCCACCGCGGUAACCUGGGUCAGAUGAGAAUCGACCUGCACCCGAUGGCGCUCGUGUGGAACGGCUCCUCGAUACCGAUGCGGGCCGUGCUGAAGCACAGGAGCGGCGGUGGCGGGUGGCCGGAGCAGCCGCCUGCUACGCUUGCCGAAGCGGUGGACGAACAAGGUGGGGCUGGGGGUGGGCACGCUGCUGAUCGCAACGACGACCCCCGGGCCAACUACAGCCUGUCGCGCACGACCUCCGCGAUACGGCCCGGAGGGCGCACGGCGGUUUGUCAGCGGCCCUUCGUGGAUUACGACUUGGCGGUGGCAUCGACGGGGACGGCGGCACGCCAGGCCUCACCAUUCCUCGUUUCCGUCCCGGCGGAGCUCCUGUCCCGCAGGCCGCUGCUUGGCUCCGACGGGGAGCCAUCCGCGCAGCAGCCAGCAGAGGCUCCCGUGACGGAGCGGGGCGAGCCGGAGCGUGCGCAGACCGAGGAGGAGGAAGAGCAAGCGACGGCGCCGCUCCUUCGCCGUAGAGGAAGCGAGUCGUUGUCGGUCGACGACGGUGGCGAGGCCGGAAGCGGCCGUCGCGCUGUCGCCCGCGUUUCCCGCGUCUUCCGCGCCGGGGCCGAGAGCUGCCACAGCGCGUGGGACAUGUUUCACGGCAGCGAAGGGUUCUCCAUCCCAUUCCUUCUGCCCCACGUAUCGCUAGAUAUCGGCCUGGAUUCGCCCGAGGAAGUCUCUCCGUCGCCGGCCACUGCGUCGGCGUGUGCAGGGUGGUCAUCUCUUGUUCCUCCGGGACGAAGCGCCGAAGAAGUUCCCGGGGGGCCCACGCCGCCAACUCCGGCCGAAAGGCGUUCCCGAAAGCUCAAGGUCAGCCUGGCGGAAGAGUUGAACGAGCUCCUUCUCGUCCCGUGGGAGGCGAGCAGCGGCGUGGUGCUCCCUGUGUUGGCGACCCUCGAGAGGGAAGUCGUCCUGGGAGGGGUGGAGCUGAUCCGACUGGCCUUGUACCCGCGGGUGGUGGUUCACAACGCCACGGGCGUGCCGGUCUCGCUCUCGUUGCUUGGCGGCGCCCACGCAGCAGCCGAGGACGACAAGCCCGGAGGUGGGGCACGGAAUGAGGCCCUCCCCAUGUGCCGCGUGCGCCUCACGCCCGAGGGGAGCGGGAGCCGCAUGAACCUGCUCGCCAUCCCCGGCGAGCGAGCACUGCACGGACUGGACACCAGCCUCCACGGUUCCCCGCGAUCAGCCGCGGGAGGAGGAGAAGGAGGGAGGGCGGGGGAGGGAAGAGGCUUCCCUCUCGAGAACAAUCCCCCGCCCGGACUUCUGGGCAAACUCUCACGGAUACUGUCUAGCGGGAGCUACAAGGCGUCUUCGGCACACCCCGCCGGCUUCUCCGCCGACCUAGAGAUGGCGUUUGGGUGGGACGACCGCGCGGACCAAGCUUCCGCCGACGGCAGUGGUGCGGUCGACGGCCGGGGUGCUCCUCCGACCGCUAGGCCGGCCGGCGAAGAAGCGGCGAGCACGGGAGCAACGAAGUGGAGCCAGGAAGGCUGUGGCGUGAACGAGCUCCCCGUCUUUUCUCUGUGCGAGCCGUCCGCCGGCUCGGCCCUCGCCUCCCACCCGUCCUCGCUCACGGUGCCGGGCGGCGGGCAACGCGCGGUACGCGUCUACGUCGCGGUGGAACCUCCCGGCGCCGAGCCGACGUCGGCGGCGUCCCUCACCCGCCACGUUCUAAUCUACCGGGACCCCCAGCCCGACCUCACCAUCUGCAACAGGUCGACGGACACCGUGACCCUCCUGCUCGACUGCGGCGCGUUGGUGGAAGUGGCUCCGGGCGGCACGGUGGAGCACUCGUGGCGGAAAGAGCCCACCACAAGAGACGCGAACGGCAGCAACGGCGGCGGCGGGGGCGGGGGCGGUGGCAGUGCGUCAGCAGCGCCGCGAUCGUCGCGCAACCAUCAUCCUCCUCCUCCUCCGGUUCUGCGCUUCGACGGCCAAAUCGGAAUCAACGAGGAGAGCUGGGGGCACCGUGGGAUCGCGGAAGGUGGCGGCGGCGAAGAUGGCGGCGGUGGCGACGACGAGCGCGAGGGCUUUGGGACUAGGUCAGCUCGUGAGGUUCAGGUCCAUGUCGUGGAGCGUGCCGGCGGUUUCGUGAUGUCCUUCGCGGAGGGAGGGUUCGAGGGGGCGGCCGCCGACGGCGUAGGUGUCGUAGACAGCGGCGCUCGAGACAACCAUCAUCUCGAAAGCAGAGGGGUCCUCGGGCGAUGGGCCUCGACUCUGGAGCAGCACGUGGUGGUCACUUUGUCCGGGGUGUCCCUUCAGCUCUUGGACGAUUCCAACCUUCAGGCAGUUGCCGCGAACGGCCAGGGAGGAAAAUCGACGGCGGCGGCCGCAAGGGCAGCGUCGGAGAGACUUGGCGGGAUGGACGGCUGGGUCGGCGGGACGUGGGCGGAGCCUGGCGGUCUCCCGUCAGACGGCGCGUCGGCCCACCUCCCGGCGGCGGCGAUACCCGCGAUCGUCAGCGUGUUCGUCGACGCGAGCUCGACGCGGCUCUGGCGAGCUGCUCCGGCGGUGCGGCCCGGAAUGUCGUCGCUUGACCUGGAGCGGUCGUGGCAUCUCAAGGACCGGGUCGGCAUCGACGUCUGCCUGGGCACUCUUCAGAUCGAUAGUCACGUGGCCGGCCAUAGGCUUCCGGUGAUCUUCUGCUUCCGGAAGGGAGGCCGUCUAGUUCAGGUCAACGAAAUUGGCAUGGGCAUGCCUGGAGAUGACCAGGUCAAGGGAGACUGCCGCCUCGCAAUGUCCCUCGUUCUCGCUGAGUCUUGGGAAGACAGCCGAGUGCCGUCGUACUUAGAGAAGGUGUCCAUCCACUCCGCUCCGAUCGACGUCUGCUUCGAGGAUUCGCUGCUACCGCCGCUGCUGUUGUUGCUGGAGAGGUCGGGCAUCGGAGCAGCAAGUCCUGGCGACCGUUCAUCACCGUACCCGUUCGCGGCGUCGGCAAACGAUCGAGGACCCGGCUCUUCGGCGGCGCAGGGAGGCCUUCCGUCCAAGAGGAGCCCCCAGCUGCUACCCCCGGCGCUGGGCGCAAGCGUGGUCCCGCGGCUGUUCAUCCAGCGAGUGGAUAUCGGCGCGCUGGUCGUGAGGGCCACCGUGCAGGGCUAUAUACCGGGGAAACAGGUGUUUUUGGCCCUGGACAAGUCGCCGUUGCUGUUCAGACCUGUUUCGCUGCGCGGGGUGCUCGCGCGGCCGGACGAGAUAGCGGAGCAGAUUGCCUCCAACUACGCGGUUGACGCGCUGCUGCGGUCGCUGGCGGUGGUUGGGUCGCUGGAGGCGCUCGGGAGCCCGACAACGCUGCUGUCCGAGUGGGGCAAGGGGGUGUACGACCUGUUCGCGAUGCCCAUCAAAGCGAUGCCCCAGGGCCCUUCCUCCACCUUCAGAGCUACCUUUCGAGGGGUCAGCUCCCUGCUCAGACACGCUUCGGCUGGAACUCUGUCGUCGGUCUCGGGCGUUUCGAACGCCCUGUCCCGCAACCUCGGGGGUCGGGGCGGGGUCGUUCGCCCGAUCGCCGGGACCAUGGGGCUGGUCCAUCGGACAUCCAAGUCGCUCAUCGCCAGCACUGGCGUGGACAGCGAAUGGACUCACGCCGAGGCGAACACGGCGGCCAACCCGGCGACGGCCUACCUCAACGCCGACCUGUGGUACCGCUGCUGCCUGCUGCCCGCGGGGCACGAGUUCCUCUACCGGACCCCGGCGCUGUGCAGCAACGCCUCCUACAGCCAGGCGAACGUGCCCGUAACGAUCGUGCUCUCCAGCAAGGCUGUCUUCCUGUACCGGGGAGGCAGCGGCUGCGAGACGCUGUGGAAACAGAUCGACCACCAGGACAUAACCCUCGUCGAGCAGAGCGCCGAACAUGCCCCGGCAGAGCUCAUCCUCAACGUGAGGCUUGGCUCUGCACAGUGUACAACCCGCAUGCAUGCAGUGCCUUUGUGGUUUAAUGGUAUUUUGGAGUGGGCGGUGGGUACUACCGUGACGAUUAGUCUGUAUCGCUGGGUUGUAAAUAUGAUGUGCUUGCGCUUCUCGUAACCGAAUUCAUGUGGCUGUUGGUGGCCGGCUGACAGGCCCAAUAAUUUUAGACGCUUCCUUUUGCGAGGUUGCGAAAUCCGAUUGUUUUCCGGAGCGACUCAUCGGUUACUUCGUUUUUUCCUGCUUGUGUGCUCGGUACCCGCAGGUAGGAACUCUACGUGAGAGCUCUGAAAACAAAGAAACCACCGACCGAUUAGAAAAAGUUUGUUU